AAAAAUAGCCAAAUCUAUUUGUCUGAAAACUUAAUUAAAACCAAUUGCUACUCUCCUUAAAAACUGUUUUCUUGGGCUUCCCUGGUGGCGCAGUGGUUGAGAGUCCGCCUGCCGAUGCAGGGGACACAGGUUCGUGACCCGGUCCGGGAAGAUCCCACAUGCUGCGGAGCGGCUGGGCCCGUGAGCCAUGGCCACUGAGCCUGCGUGUCCGGAGCCUGUGCUCCGCAACGGGAGAGGCCGCAACAGUGAGAGGCCCGCGCACCGCAAAAACAAACAAACAAACAAAAAAACUGUUUUCUUUUUUAAAUUUUACUUAUUUUUUCUGAAUUUUAUUUUAUUUUUUUAUACAGCAGGUUCUUAUUAUCUAUUUUAUGCAUAUUAGUGUGUGUAUGUCAAUCCCCAUCUCCCAAUUCAUCCCACCACCACCACCCCGCCACUUUCCGCCCUUGGUGUCCAUACGAAAAACUCUGUUUUCUGAGUUGAGUGAUCCUUAGGCUCACAGAAUCAGUCCCGGUUUUCUCAAUCCCUCUUCUACGGGCACAGCUGAGAAGGCGGUUUGUUUAGGCAGGAAGGAUUACAACUCCCAGAGUGCCCCUGUGCGGUUGUCAGGAGCAACCACGGAAUGCAGACUAACAGAGCCGCUGGACUCAGGACUAUCCAGCCAGCCAUGGGCCAGGAUUAUUACUCUGUGCUCCAGGUCACUCGCAAUUCAGAAGAUGCCCAGAUCAAGAAUGCGUACCGGAAACUUGCCCUUAAGAACCACCCGUUGAGGUCCACUGAGCCAUCCGCAGCGGAGGCAUUCAGGCAAAUAGCGGAGGCCUACGAUGUGCUGAGCGACCCUGUGAAAAGAGGCAUCUAUGACAAGUUCGGAGAGGAAGGCCUGAAGGGCGGAAUUCCUGUGGAGUUUGGAUCGCAGACCCCGUGGACAACUGGUUACGUCUUCCACGGCAACCCGGAAAAGGUUUUCCAUGAGUUCUUCGGGGGAGAUAACCCCUUUAAUGAGUUUUUUGAUGCAGAAGGAAAUGAGGUAGACUUGAAUUUUGGGGGACUCCGGGGCCGAGGGGUCAAGAAACAGGACCCCCCAAUCGAACGAGACUUCUACCUAUCCCUGGAGGACUUAUUCUUUGGCUGCACCAAGAAAAUUAAGAUCUCCCGAAGGGUGCUGAAUGAGGAUGGGUACUUCUCUACCAUCAUGGACAAGAUCCUCACGAUUGACGUGAAGCCUGGUUGGAGGCAGGGCACACGUAUCACCUUCGAGAAGGAAGGGGACCAGGGUCCCAACAUCAUCCCAGCCGAUAUCAUCUUCAUUGUAAAGGAGAAGCUACACCCUCGCUUCCGCAGGGAGAACGACAACCUCAUUUUUGUGAACUCCAUCCCCUUGGGCAAGGCUCUGACCUGCUGCACCGUGGAGGUGAAGACCCUAGAUGACCGUCUGCUCAAAAUCCCCAUCAAUGACAUCGUCCACCCCAGGUACUUCAAGAAGGUGCCAGGUGAGGGGAUGCCGUUGCCAGAGGACCCCACCAAGAAGGGGGACCUCUUCAUUUUCUUUGACAUCCAGUUCCCCACCUGCCUCACACCCCAGAAGAAGCAGAUGUUGCGCCAGGCGUUGCUGACAUAACUCUGGUGGGCUGGGGACUGGAGCAGGGGGAAGAGAAGGCUAGCUGGUCCUGACCCCACCCCUACCCCCAGCACGGGGUGUGCACGGGAGCCAGGCCACUGCACAGGCAUGACGUGAGGACCGGAUGGCAUGGGAUUUUAAACUGAUACAAUAAAGUGUUAUUUCCUAUC